AACCCACCCAAGCAUGGUGCGGGCACCAAAAUCACCUUCACCACACAUGGCCCACAACCCGGGAGACGGACGACCCUAGGCCUGGCUGUAUGGUAGAGCAUGUCCAUGUAUCGACAGCUCGUUCCUUCCACCAUGGAAGAUGGAUGGAAAAUGACGAGAGGGCUGAUGCGGGGGACGGAAUAAACCCCUCCCCCUCUCCGACAAGGCAGAUUCACAAAGUGAUGUACUCGUAUAAUACCAGUACAACCACAGCACGGGUGGUGCAGUAAUUGUGAGGCAUGAGGAUUAAAACUUACUCCCUACAACUCCACCCGUCCAUCCAUAGAAUCUUAGGGAAAGGGGAGAAAGAAAAGAAAAAGGGGAAGAGGAAAAAAAAGGAUCAGUGCAGACACAGUAUUCCACAAAAAAACCGUGUGAGAAUAAUAAUAGAAACCUAACUUAUACGACUGGGUCAACUAUUGGCAAAGGACGAGAUACAAGUUCCCUUUAAAGGUAUCGUAUAGAAGAGUAAGUAACAUUCCCCACCAUAUUACACUUUUCUCUGAUUCUGCUUUCUCUGCUGACCGCUUCUUCCAUCUCUCUCCCCACCUUUCCCUUUUCACCCACUCUCCGCUCUCGCCGGACGGCUUCAGCUCUUACAGCUGAUUCCCUCUCUCCCCCUCCAUCCCCAUCUCCACACUCCCCACUGCUCUCCCACCCAUUCCAUGCCCGCACGCCCCAAUCCUUUCCCCAGCGCCCCAUUUGUCCCCCCCCCCUCCGCGGGUUAUCCCAUGCGAACCUCAUUUCUCUUCUUCCCUCACAUCAACAUCAUCAUCAUCGCCAUCGUCGUCAUAACCACCACAACCAUCGCCCCAGUCUUCUUCCCGUGCCUGCCUCCUCUUUCCAAUUUUUCUCCCUUUCCCAAAAACCCCAUCACAAUCAUCCCACCCCGCUACCGCAGCAACGACCCGCCGCCCCAUCCCUCACCUUCCCCUCAUAGCCCUCGAUUACAACACCCCGUCCAUCGGGUGUGUAGCAAUUGAAACAAAGCUCCCCUCUACCCAGCGCCCCACCACAACCCCUUCCUUCCUCCCCUCCCAACCCACGAUACAGCCAUCCACAAACCAUACCGCGACAUAGCCCGCGACAAUUACAAGCUUUUCGGUCAUGACAAAGGAUAGCAUCCUUCUAUCUCUCCCCGAAGAGGUCAUCGAAAAUACCCUCAAAUUUAUCCCAGACGACGAUAGCGCCCUACUUGAUAUCAGCUUGGUCUGCAAGAAACUCUAUCGCCUCUCAAAUUCCCCAUUAGCGUGGCGGGCGAGAUGUCGACGCUUUCGCUACUGGGAGCCUCGGCACGAGUACCAGAAAAAGUCCAAACACCCUCUACCAGCUGAGGUGGAUUGGAGGUCUUUGUUCGUUGAGAGGAUCUAUUCGUACAGACGCACUACAAUGUUGUUGAAUGAGAUCAUUUCCUCGCCUGUAGAUCGAAUAAACAAAUUCAAUAAAAUCGCGGACCUUGGUUGCGAUGCGAAGGAUUGCUUGGCAGAACACGCAAAUGCUCCCGAUGACGCCGAGGAUGUUCUAGCUCGGAGGUGACUUCAAUUUUGGUGUUUCUUUUGUUUCUUUUGUGCUCGGUUUCCCUCCGAGAUGAUGAGGAACGUAUCGAUAUACUAACCCAUAUUUUCAGAUGGUAUGCAGCCGCCGCCAUCCAUUAUAUUCAUAGGAGACAGGCCAUUAUAGGGUGGAAGAAAUUAGCUUCCGGGGAAGAUAUCUCUCUUGAAUAUGCCCUGGGCUGCUUUGAACUUUUUAUCCUAAAGACACCGGAAGGAGAUAUCGACGAUAUCUCGGGCAUGCUCGACGAGCUAGCCGCCCGGUUCAGGUCCGAAGCCGCCAAUUUUGCCGACAUGUCGACGAAAGCGAAAGCACUCGCUCUGUGCACAUACAUGAAUCGGGAAGGAUUUCGCGGGGCUUCGUACAGGAGUUACCGCGCCCUCAAGAACGCCUUCAUCGGUGUUUCCCUGCGUACAGACCGCACCAAUCUUCCACUAACCGCAACAGCAAUAUACUGUAGUCUUGCGACUCGGGUAGGUCUAGCCGCCUAUCCAUGCGGCUUUCCGUAUCAUGUCUUGGCGAUAGUGCGGGACGAGGACGGAAGUUACAUUUACCUAGACCCUUUCCGUGGGGAAGGCAGCGAGCUCCCUGUCCAGGGCCUAGAACACCAGUUGAACGAGUUGGGCGUUGGAGCCACAAUGGACGAAUUCCUGCGUCCGUCGCCCACCACCGACAUUGUUCUACGCACCUCGCGCAACAUACUUGAGUCCCUCAGACGUGUUCCAGGGCCACCCGACACCCAGCAGGAAGCCGUCGAAAUCGACCGUCAUUCAGCACUAUACGCAGCCUUAACAGCGUCAGCUUUAUUGGGGCCGCGGAUCACACUAAGUGUGGUGCAGCACAUGGCAAGGCGUAUCAAGGACGAGUAUUCCAUGGACGUCCAGUUUUUCGAGGAGGACAUAGUCCCCAGACUGGAGGACCGGAAUGCACGAGAACUCCUGCUAGAGAUGUGCGGGGAGCUACGAGCAGAGGAUUCGGCCCAAAGACCCGUUUCUCGAAGAAAAAACUCUGAUGAAAAUGACGUUAAGGUAUGUCCUCGACCACUGCUGACAGCGCAGACCUGUUGGGAAUAAAAAUGCCAGGAUUCGGAAUGGGGAGCUUUUGGGGGUGGUGUGAACACUUGGAAAUGUACAUUACAGUGUCCGCCUGAAAGCCAUUCCGAACCAGGCAUCAUCCCCUCAUGGAUCUGCACAGGGCAUCCGCGAUUUGCUAACUGUCUUAUUCGGGUAGUACCGUGUUGGAACUGUCUUCGUGCAUAAACGAUAUCCUUUUCAAGGGGCUGUGUUUGGCUGGUCACGAACGUGCGCUCCAAAAGAGGGAGAGGAGUGGAUGCAGACUAUGGGUGUUGACACUUUGAGCAGAGGACGGCACCAACCAUUCUACCUCGCGCUGUAUGCUCACCCCUCCCACCCCGCCCCAAAGAUAAAUCUUUUGAUAAGAAGAAAAAAUAACAAAAACCAGAGUGAUGGACGGUAGCGUACGCUACGUAGCAGAAGAGAACAUCGUCGUUUCCCAAACUGACCCGGUCGAACCCCUGAGGAGGCUGGCGGGAAGGUACUUCAAGAGGUAUUCCAGGGCGGAGAGAAUGUUUAUCUCCAACAUCCGCGACGAGUAUCCCGACGAUUAAAGCUGAAGCCCCUAUUUUCCCAUUAUCUCUCCCCACUUUUCCUUUCUUUGCCAAAAUACAUAUCUCGAGGGAGAGGACUAUGUUUGAACACCUAUUUUCUCCCCUUUUUCACGCCUUGCUCAUCUCAAAUGCUGCAUUUUCACGGUUGCAUGUAAUCAUUUACUUGGCGCACCCAUAGAGUUUUCCCCGUUUCCCGUUGCUCUUCCCCCGAUAUUAUCACCCACAUUAAUCAGAUCCUUUCGCCACCACGAUAUCACGUUAAUUAGUCUUCUAAAUUCCCCCAUACACAGUAUUUUCCAUCCGAGUGAUAACUCAUGCACCACCACCUGGUAUUCCAUCCAUCCAUCCAUCCACAUACAUACAUACAUACAUACAUACAUAUAUACAUACAUACAUAUACCCAAUAUCAUGCUAAAACUCCACCCCCUAGCGACUAGUCACUCGGGGGAAAAAAGAGAGGGAAAGAAGAAAAACACUCGGAUUCACAAAAACCUCAAACACACCCAAAUUGCCCCCGAAAGUGAGAAGCUGCGACACUUGACCUCCCCCCAACCCCACCCAUCCAUAUCGCACGAAACCGCACCACAAAGCUGACCCAUGAUGCCACAUGAUAACCCCACCUCACCGGCGCCUGUACCUCCUCUCAUCCCAUCCCCAAGGGAAGGGUGUAGUCAUACCAAGUUGGAGUAACUACCAUGCUCGUGUAUCAGUGGGGUGGGUAUUGUAAGUCGAAGCUCCCCGACAAUCCAUCGAGCCCAAGAAGGCGAUGUGGGUGGGGUAACAUGAGUAAUGCAGGUAAAAGCUUUCUCUAUUAUAAUAAUAAUCCGGUCCAUGAAGUUGGGUGAUACAAGAAAAAACCAGUCUACAUUUGGUGAAUAAAAAAGCUUAGUAGUAGCGAGAAAGUGAAGGGAUGGUAAGAGAAAAGAAAAGAAAAGAAAAAAAAUAUAAAGUACAGUACUGCAUUUUGAUAGAUGAUAAAAUGCAAAAGUAAAAAGACAAAUACACUAGGGCAGUCAGAGUAACAUAACAUUAGUAUUACGGCCAUCGGGCAAAAUGUCUUCGUGAAACAGAACUCUCGGCCCCUACCUCGCACAGACUUCAAUUGCGCAAUGCCCCCC